AUGAAGACCAUCGGUGCCUUGGCGACUGCCUUGGCCGCGACGGCGGUAUCUGCUGAAACGACGCCAGCGAAGAUAGAGGAGAGGGCUAGCAAGCUACCAUCCAUCACAACGAAGGGCAAUGCCUUCUUCAAUGGCAACGACCGAUUCUAUCUCCGCGGCGUCGACUACCAACCGGGCGGAUCGAGCGAAGCAGAAGACCCCCUCGCUGACCCUUCAAUCUGCAACCGCGACAUUCCAUACUUCAAACAGCUAGGACUGAACACCAUCCGGGUCUACACGGUGGACAACAGCAAGAAUCACGAUGAGUGCAUGAACGCACUGGCGCAGGCGGGCAUCUACCUCGUUCUCGAUGUCAACACGCCCGACUACUCGCUCAACCGCGACGACCCCGGCACCUCGUACAACCCAACAUACCUCCAGAGUAUUUUCUCGACCAUCGAUGCCUUCGCUUCGUAUUCCAACACACUCGCUUUCUUCAGCGGCAACGAGGUCCUCAACGCGCCUAACACGACGAACACGGCACCGUAUGUCAAGGCGGUGACGCGGGAUAUGAAGCAGUACAUUGCCGAGCGCGGAUACAGGUCCAUCCCAGUCGGUUACUCAGCAGCAGAUGUGUCGGAGAACCAGUACAUUAUGGCACAGUACAUGGACUGCGGCUCUACUCCCGAGCGCAGCGACUUCUACGCCAUCAACAACUACGAAUGGUGCGAUCCGUCGAGCUUCGAGGAGUCUGGGUGGAGCGCGCUUGUGGACCAAUACCAGAACUACAGCAUUCCGCUUUUCUUCUCCGAGUAUGGCUGCAUCGAUCCCGGUCCACGCACGUUUGCGGAGGUUAAGGGCCUUCUGCAGCCUGACAUGACUGGCGUAUUUUCUGGCGGUCUGAUCUACGAAUACUCCAACGAAGGCAACGGCUACGGCAUCGUCAACAUCAACGGCAACAAAGUCUCCUUCGUCGGCGACCAAUUCUCUGACUUCAAGUCCGAAAUGUCCUCCACCUCCGCCCCAAGCGGCAACGGCGGCUACAGCUCCAACAACCCGCAGCAGGAGUGCCCAGGCCAGAGCGAGAACUGGGACACCAAGCCCUUCACCGGCUCUGCCCUCCCUGCGAUCCCCUCCGGUGCGGAGAAGUACUUCAAGAACGGCGCCGGCAAGGGCCCUGGUCUUAGUGGUGAUGGCUCGCAGAACGCGCCUGGCGGCAGCUCGCAGACUGCUUCUGCCAAUGCUGGACAGCCCACGCAGACUUACGGCAGCGGUAGUGGAUCUGGCUCUGGCUCAUCGUCUUCGGGAAGCGCAUCGAGCAGUGGAGCUGCUGUCGGUGUUGUGGUACCUCCGAUGAACGUCCUGCCGCUUGCGGUGAUGGGUACGGUUGUCGCACUUAGCUUUGCCUUUGGCAUGGCGAGCUUGUAG